AUGGGAAAUCUUACCGAGGCUGCUCCUCUUUCCAGGCUAUCACCCAUGUACUCCGAUAACAAGAAUCCAACACAGUCGACGAGUGUAAACAGUUCAAUGAACCUGUCCAAACAAACAACGAACGAUUCGUCACGAACGCUGGUUGCAAAUGAGCACCCAGAAAAAGAACAGGAUCCUAAAGGUUCUGCAAUCUCUCGAUUUGGAAAGCGUGUCGUCGACGGAUACAACAAGAGAGCUUUGAAGACGAAUGUUCCGGUGGAGAUGCUGUAUAGAAACUACGCAUGA